GGUGCCACUUCCAAUCCUCAACCUUCAUCUUCUUCUUCUUCAACCUCGUUUUGCCUUUCGGAACUUGAUGAGGAUUUCACGCUCUCAAGCCUCAAGCUUAAACAACCCUCUGAUUCAGGUGAUUCGGCUAACAGGGUGUUUAAGCAUAUUUCUUCUAUUUUCCAUGAUGGUAAGUCAGCCAAGAAACCUGGUUCUGCGGAAAUUGAUGGUGCAAAGGAGUUUGAAAGAGUGCAAAAUCUAUCGUGGUUGUCGAGCAUCUCUCAGAGCAAUAUAUUAUUGCAACGGAAAGAGCAGUCUCAUAAAAAGAAACAAAAAUAUGUGUUUGAAGUCUCUCAAGAAAACCGUUUUCAGAAGUUAGUUCAAGUCUCUGCAAAAAUGCUAGGACCAGAGGCUACCCUUGAAUUGUUUGGUAAACUUGGACGAAAACCAGAUGCGAAAGGAUACAGUGCAUUGGUAAAAAUGUGCAUAGAUAAAGCCAGGGGAACUGAUGAUGAAGGCAUCGCAAUAGAACUGGGGAAGGUUUUUAACCUUUUUAAAUCAAUGAGGGAACAAGGUUUAGAGCUAGAGGAGCAGACAUAUUGCCCACUUCUUUUGUAUAUAAUUGAUAUGUGUAUGGUUGAGGAGUUUCAGUUUUUCUAUGUUAUUAUCAAAGAGGAGAAUCCCAGUUCAGUUGCAAGGCUGGGUUACUAUGAAAUGUUGUUGUGGUUGAGAGUUAAUAACGAAGAAAAGAUUCAGAGUAUUUGUAAUUAUAUUGCAGAGAAUGACAGUGAGGACAUGUCUGAUAUACGAGAGAAUGUUCUGUUGGCUCUUUGUGAAAGUGAACGGACAGAGGAGAUUUUAAAGCUGUUGGAAAUCAUAGACAUAAAAGACCUUUCAUCUGCUGAAUCUGUAGCAAUGGUAUUUCAGGCAUUAGGAAGAUUACUAUUGGAACCUGUGGCAGAGAAGUUCCUUUUUUACUUAAAAAAUAGUGAUCAUGAAGCAAAUAAUGUUACAAACUUCAUUGCUUGCUAUGUUGUUAGCAUUCCAAAUUUAUUGGUUGAGGAUGUCAAAAAAAAGUUCAAAGACUUGCACCAAAGACUAGAAGUUUCACCUUCAUCCUCAUCAUAUGAGAAAAUCAUUUUACAUAGCUGCUGCAUUGCACAAGUAACAAUUUUUCUUUAUUGCAUUUGCUAAUGAUUCCUAAAAAGUGACUACCAGAAACUUUCUCUGUGGAAGAAAAAAAAAUCUACAAGAAAAGGGUUAGAAAAAAACUGUCGUUUCUAGCGAGAUGACAGGACAGUGAAGUUGCCCCUUCAAUUUCCUCACUCUUUACUGAAGAACAAAACUUGAACUAUUGACAAAGGCUAUGUAUUUUUAUUUGUGGACCCACUGACGUUUACUUUCUCUGCAUUGUUAGUUUUAUAUUUUUAUUUAAUAGAAAAAAUGUAUUCAUGCAUUCAAAUAAUUAAGCUUAUUUGUCACCAUAAUGGCAUUUUCUGAUUCUUUUGUGUUGCUUUGUUGAUAAAAAAACU